CAGCAGAAGGAGGAGGAGGAAGAGGAGGAGGAAGAAGAGGAAGAGGAGGAGGAGGAGGAGAACAUCGUUUUCUGAUACAGACUUGUUCCACUGUUCACGCGUGACGAUAAGUAGGCAGCGGAUGGGGAUGCUCCGUGGUGUGGUGCGCACUCUCCUGUCUCUUAAUGAACUCCUCCUGCAGCCAGAGCUGAUGCACAUUAAACCGGACCCGCGAUCCCCGCCCCGCGAAGCCCUGGACGCGUGUUUCCGAGCGGAGAGCACCGCGGCGGAGUCAUAAAGUCUUCGGGAAAGAGGCACAUUAUGCCAGCAGCACCAGCGUCGCUGCCCCUGGUGACGUGCCAGCUCAUCGGUCACACUAUUCUGCCCUUCUCCAGCCACUCAGUCUACGCUGGCAGAUCCAUGCUGCUGGAUGCUCCUCACAGAGCCACGCCCGCACCAUGAGCGCCAACGGGCCUGCCCCAGACCCCGCCCCCGCCGCCCCGGAGGCCCCUCCCGCCUCAACCGCUGCCCCGGCCCCAGCCCCUGCCGCGGCCCCUGCAGCAGCGGCACCACCCGCACCUCCUGCCCUGCCUGCCCCAGUGUCCAGUACCAUCCCGGUCGGUGCGUUGGCCCAGAAGAAGAGGCAGCAGUAUGCCAAGAGCAAGAAACAGGGCAGCAAUGCCAACAGCAGGCCGCCAAGGGCUCUGUUCUGCCUCAAACUCAACAACCCGAUACGCAGGGCCUGCAUCAGCCUGGUGGAGUGGAAGCCAUUUGAUAUCUUUAUAUUAAUUGCGAUCUUUGCCAACUGUAUGGCCUUAGCUGUCUAUGUACCCUUCCCUGCAGAUGAUUCCAACUCCACCAACCACGACCUGGAAACGGUUGAGUAUGCCUUCCUCAUCAUAUUCACGAUUGAAACCUUUCUGAAGAUUAUCGCUUACGGUUUGGUGAUGCACCAGAACGCGUACGUGAGAAACGGCUGGAACAUGCUGGAUUUCGUCAUUGUCGUCAUUGGACUCUUUAGUGUUGUGUUGGAGCUUUUGACCAAAGAAGAGAAGGCGGAAGCAGAAGGAGACAUUGAACAUCUGUCGAUGCAAGGACACGGCGGCAAACCAGGUGGAUUCGAUGUUAAAGCCCUCCGAGCCUUCCGGGUGCUGCGCCCCCUGCGGCUGGUCUCAGGGGUACCCAGUUUACAGGUGGUGUUGAACUCCAUCAUUAAAGCCAUGGUCCCUCUCCUUCACAUCGCCCUCCUGGUCUUGUUUGUCAUCAUCAUCUAUGCUAUUAUCGGCCUGGAGCUUUUCAUUGGUAAAAUGCACGCAACCUGCUUCAUUCCUGGCUCAGACAUGAUCGCAGAAGAGGAACCGGCUCCAUGUGCGAUCUCGGGUCACGGGCGCCAGUGCCCCAUCAACGGCAGCGAGUGCAGGGAGGGCUGGCACGGCCCCAACGGGGGCAUCACCAACUUCGACAACUUCCUGUUUGCCAUGCUGACGGUGUUUCAGUGCAUCACCAUGGAGGGCUGGACCGACGUGCUGUACUGGAUGAACGAUGCGAUGGGCUUAGAGCUUCCGUGGGUUUACUUUGUCAGUCUUGUGAUCUUCGGCUCCUUUUUUGUUCUUAACCUGGUGUUGGGUGUGUUGAGCGGAGAGUUCUCCAAGGAGAGAGAGAAGGCCAAAGCUCGAGGAGAUUUCCAGAAGCUGCGUGAGAAGCAGCAGCUGGAGGAGGAUCUGAAGGGUUACUUGGACUGGAUCACUCAGGCCGAAGACAUCGACCCCGACAACGAGGACGAGGCCGACGAGGGGAGCAAGCGCAACCGGGUGACUCUGGCUGACCUCACUGAGAAGAAGAAAGGAAGGUUUGGGUGGUUCAGUCAGUCGUCCGACACUCAUGCGAGCGUUCCAGCCAGCGAAACUGAAUCAGUAAACACCGAAAAUCAAAAUGGGGAGGACGAAAAGACGCCAUGCUGUGGACCUCUGUGUCAAAAGAUUUCCAAGUCAAAGUUCAGUCGGCGCUGGCGCCGCUGCAACAGGUUCUGCCGCAGGAAGUGUCGGGUGGCGGUCAAAUCGGUGCCUUUCUACUGGCUGGUGAUCAUCCUGGUGUUCCUCAACACGCUCACCAUCUCAUCCGAGCAUUACAACCAGCCCAUGUGGCUGACACAAGUGCAGGAUGUGGCCAACAAGGUGCUGCUGGCCCUGUUCACGUGUGAGAUGUUGGUGAAGAUGUACAGUCUCGGACUUCAGGCCUACUUCGUCUCGCUGUUCAACCGCUUCGACUGCUUUGUGGUCUGUGGGGGAAUCACGGAAACCAUUCUGGUGGAGCUGGAAAUCAUGUCUCCUCUCGGUAUCUCUGUGUUCCGCUGCGUCCGCCUGCUGAGGAUCUUCAAGGUCACGCGUCACUGGCAGUCUCUGAGUAACCUGGUGGCCUCUCUGCUCAACUCCAUGAAGUCCAUCGCUUCUCUGCUGCUGCUGCUCUUCCUCUUCAUCAUCAUCUUCUCCCUGCUGGGAAUGCAGGUGUUCGGCGGAAAGUUCAACUUCGACGAGACCCAAACCAAGAGGAGCACCUUCGACAACUUUCCCCAAGCCCUCCUCACUGUGUUUCAGAUCCUGACCGGAGAAGACUGGAACGCUGUCAUGUACGACGGCAUCAUGGCGUACGGAGGGCCGUCCUCCUCCGGGAUGAUCGUGUGCUUUUACUUCAUCAUCCUGUUCAUUUGUGGAAACUACAUCCUCCUGAAUGUCUUCUUGGCCAUCGCUGUGGACAACCUGGCAGACGCAGAGUCGCUCAACACGGACGAAGGAGACAAGAAAGGGGACAAAAAGGAUGAGGGAAAAGAUGAGAAGGAGGACGAGGAGGAGAAUGACGACACUGCGGCAGAGGAGGAGGACCCAGAGGUCCCUGCAGGGCCUCGGCCGGUCUUAUCUGACCUGGUAAAGAAGGAGAAGAUCACUCCCAUCCCAGAGGGAAGCGCCUUCUUCAUCUUCAGCAGCACGAACCCGUUCCGCGUGUUUUGCCACAAGCUGAUCAACCACCACAUAUUCACCAACCUCAUCCUGGUGUUCAUCAUGCUCAGCUCCGUGUCGCUCGCCGCUGAGGAUCCCAUCAGAAACUUCUCCGCUCGCAACAUUAUACUUGGUUACUUUGACUAUGCUUUCACGGCUAUCUUUACUGUUGAGAUCGUAUUGAAGGUCCUAGGCUAUGCAGAUUAUGUCUUCACUAGUAUGUUUACAUUUGAGAUCGUGUUAAAGAUGACAACAUAUGGAGCCUUCCUCCAUAAAGGGGCAUUCUGUAGGAAUUACUUCAACCUCCUGGACCUGUUGGUGGUGGGAGUAUCCCUGGUUUCCUUCGGCAUUCAAUCCUCGGCCAUCUCUGUGGUGAAGAUUCUGCGGGUCCUGCGUGUUCUUCGCCCCCUGAGGGCCAUCAACCGAGCCAAAGGCCUGAAGCACGUGGUGCAGUGUGUGUUUGUGGCCAUCAGGACCAUCGGUAACAUCAUGAUCGUCACCACUCUGCUCCAGUUCAUGUUCGCCUGCAUAGGAGUGCAGCUGUUCAAGGGGAAGUUCUACCGCUGCACGGAUGAAGCAAAGUCAAACUCAGAAGAGUGCAAAGGCACCUACAUUCUGUAUAAGGAAGGAGACGUGAACCAGCCGACCAUCCACAAGCGACAGUGGCACAACAGUGACUUCAACUUUGAUAACGUCCUCAUGGCCAUGAUGGCUCUGUUCACCGUGUCCACUUUUGAAGGCUGGCCUUCUUUACUGUACAAGGCCAUCGACUCAAACAGGGAGAACCUGGGUCCCAUUUACAACUACCGCGUGGAGAUUUCCAUCUUCUUCAUCAUCUACAUCAUCAUCAUCGCUUUCUUCAUGAUGAACAUCUUUGUGGGUUUCGUGAUCGUCACGUUUCAGGAACAAGGAGAGAAAGAGUACAAAAACUGUGAGCUCGACAAGAACCAGCGUCAGUGUGUUGAGUACGCUCUGAAGGCGCGUCCAUUGAGGAGGUACAUCCCUAAAAACCCGUACCAGUAUAAGUUCUGGUACGUGGUGAACUCCACUGGGUUUGAGUACAUCAUGUUUGUGCUCAUUAUGCUCAACACGCUGUGCCUGGCUGUGCAGCACUACGGACAGUCAGCGCUCUUUAACUAUGUCAUGGACAUUCUAAAUAUGGUCUUCACUGCUGUCUUCACUGUGGAGAUGGUUCUCAAACUCAUCGCUUUCAAACCUCGGCACUAUUUCGCCGAUGCUUGGAACACAUUUGAUGCCUUAAUUGUUGUUGGUAGCGUCGUCGAUAUUGCUAUCACUGAAGUUAAUCCAACGGAGACGCCCGUGGUGGAUGAGCAGGGGAACACGGAGGACAGUGCGCGCAUCUCCAUCACCUUCUUCCGUCUGUUUCGAGUCAUGCGGCUGGUGAAGCUCCUCAGCAGAGGGGAGGGCAUUCGCACCCUGCUCUGGACUUUCAUCAAGUCCUUCCAGGCUCUGCCAUACGUUGCCCUCCUGAUAGCCAUGCUGUUCUUCAUCUACGCCGUCAUCGGCAUGCAGGUGUUUGGAAAGGUCGCCAUGGUGGACGGCACGCACAUCAACAGAAACAACAACUUCCAGACUUUUCCUCAGGCCGUGCUCCUUCUCUUCCGGUGUGCCACAGGAGAGGCGUGGCAGGAGAUCAUGUUGGCCUGCAUGCCGGGGAAACUGUGCGACCCAGAAUCCGACUACAACCCCGGGGAGGAGAUGACGUGCGGCAGCGGAUUUGCAAUCAUUUACUUCAUCACCUUCUACAUGCUGUGCGCCUUCCUGAUCAUCAAUCUGUUUGUGGCCGUCAUCAUGGACAACUUUGACUAUCUAACACGUGAUUGGUCAAUUCUCGGUCCACACCACCUCGAUGAAUUCAAGAGAAUUUGGUCAGAGUACGACCCAGAGGCAAAGGGCAGAAUUAAACAUCUGGAUGUUGUUACACUGCUUCGUCGUAUCCAGCCGCCUCUCGGCUUUGGAAAGCUGUGCCCUCACAGAGUGGCUUGCAAGAGAUUGGUGGCCAUGAACAUGCCUCUGAACAGUGACGGCACCGUCAUGUUCAACGCCACUUUGUUUGCUCUGGUGCGCACGGCCCUGAAGAUCAAAACAGAAGGUAAUCUAGAGCAGGCCAACGAAGAGCUGCGAGCGGUCAUCAAGAAAAUCUGGAAGAGAACCAGCAUGAAGCUGCUGGACCAAGUGGUGCCCCCUGCUGGUGAUGAUGAGGUAACCGUGGGGAAGUUCUAUGCCACCUUCCUGAUACAGGACUACUUUAGGAAAUUCAAGAAACGUAAAGAGGAAGGCCUGGUGGGGGCUCACCCGUCGCAGAACAACACAGCCAUCGCUUUACAGGCUGGCCUUCGCACGCUGCAUGAUAUUGGGCCCGAAAUUCGACGAGCGAUAUCAUGUGAUCUGCAAGAUGACGAGCUAGUAGACUUUAUUCCAGAGGAAGACGAGGAAAUUUAUAGGCGUAACGGCGGACUCUUCGGUAACCACCUCAUGAACGGUGGUCACCGCCGCUCCAACGGCCACCAGACCAACGCCACGCAGCGGCCUCUGCAGGUGCAGCCUCCGCCUCACUACGCCCACAUGGACCAGCCGGUGGGACGCCUGUCCCGAGCCAACGCCAUGUCCCAGCCCAACCACCACCACCACCACCACCACAACCGCCACCACAGCUCCUACGGCAAGUCCCCCAAAUCCACCAACAUCAACCUCAACAACGCCAACGCGUCCAGUCUGCCCAACGGAGGGCACCACCGGUACUAUGAACACGCCCCUCCCAAUGGCUACCCGGGGCUUCACAACUCCUACUACGAGUACGACAAGCCACGGACCCCCCAGGGACAAAGAAGGCGCUACUAUGAGACCUAUGUUAGGUCACACGGGGCAGACGGACACCACCCCACCAUCCGCAGGGAGGAGGAGUUUGAUGAAGACCGCCUCUCUGGGGAGUAUUACAGUGGGGAGGAGUUCUAUGAAGACGACAGCAUGCUCUCAGGGGACAGGUAUCAGAACAGCGACGCAGAGUACGAGACUCCAAAAGGUUACCACCACCCUGACAGUUACUACGACGACGACGAACAGCCUCUUUACCGCGACUCACGGAGGUCACCGAAGAGACGGUUGCUUCCUGCCACGCCUCAAGGUCACAGAAGGCCAUCCUUCAACUUUGAGUGUCUGCGCAGACAAAGUAGCCAGGACGAGCUUCCACAUCAGCGUACUGCUCUCCCGCUGCACCUCAUGCAGCAGCAGGUCAUGGCCGUAGCAGGCCUGGACUCCAGCAGAGCCCACCGCCUCUCCCCGACCCGCUCCACCCGCUCCUGGGCCACUCCUCCCGCCACGCCGGCAAGUAAAGACCAGUCGCCGUACUACACGCCUCUGAUCCGCGUGGACCACCCACACAGGCAGAGCGCCGCCAGCAGCCAGGUGUCUGUGCGGAAGAGCUCGUGGUACACGGACGACCCGGAGUUCUCCCAGAGGAUGUACUCACCUGUCCACCUGCAGGUGCCUCCUGAAUACCACAACCAGUACCACCAGAAGAGAGGCAGCGCCACCAGCCUCGUGGAAGCGGUUCUGAUAUCAGAAGGACUCGGCAGAUACGCUAAGGAUCCCAAGUUUGUCGCCGCCACGAAGCACGAGAUCGCGGACGCGUGCGAGAUGACGAUCGAUGAGAUGGAGAGCGCCGCCAGCCACCUGCUGAACGGAGGGAUCGCCCCGAGCGCCAACGGGGUCAACGUGUUCCCGCUGCUCACUGCGAGCGACUAUGAGCUGCAGGACGCUGCAGCCAGCUACAGCGACGAGGAGCCAGACACGGAACCGAGAGCCCGGUACGAGGAGGACCUGGCGGACGAGAUGAUCUGCAUCACGACUUUAUAGCAGCGGAACCUGCAACUUAGAAACUUGUCAGACUAAAACCAGUGGAAAUAUAUAUAUAUAUAUAUAUAUUAAAAGAAAUGCAUCUGUUGGCUCUGACCAAAAGAAGUGCCUUUUACAUUGAAGAGAAAAGGCAAAUAGCAGAGAGACACACUAGUCCCGUUCAUUUCAUUGUUCUCACACCACAGAGCUGGACUCAUCACUGCUGAGCACAGAGGGGCAGAUGCUCCCUCCUGUCCAAGGCCUUCAGCUGCAGGCGACACACAAGGUUCCUCCUGCUGCCCAUCACACGCGUUUAGAAUAAUGGUGAAAAAUGGACCAAUUGGCAAACGUGUGAGGUACUCUCUACGGCAGGUCUCUAUCGGUGAUGACAAUCAAAAGUACGAUGUCAUUACCUCGGUCACUUUAUUAAGGUUUGGCAUAUCAUGCAAGUUUUCAAUGCAAGCAUAGAAAGGCAGAUCUUCUUCCGUAGUUGUUAGCAUGAGUUGGUCCCUUUGUUUGUUAAUGCAGACCGUUUAAUGAUCGCUAAAAAAAUGAAGAGCACUAGUUUUACCAGAUUAUGCAGGAAAUAAUUGUCCUCCUUAUAGCAUCUUUCAACUUGAGAUAUGUACUUUUGAAGAGACAAAAGCAUUUGUUAUAAAUGCACUAGCAGACAGGUUAUUUCAAAUUCUUAGAAUAUCCUGAUUAAUAUUUCAUAGUUGAUAUGCUGUAAAUUGUAUUAUACGAGAAAAUAAACUUUGUAAAGAGAUAUUUUAUAUUUUGUAAUUAUGUAUAAUUUAAAAGAUCAGCAAUAUGGACCCUUUUGCUCCUGCAAAGCUAUAGAAACAGACUCUUAGUAUCUUAUUUGGUUGGUUCAGAUAUUUAUUUGCCUUUUUUUGCUAAUAUGCACCCAUUAUUUUGCCUAUAUGAAAAAAAGCAUUUUUAAGAGGUUCUACUUGUGUGACAUCACCUCUGCACAAGAUGUGCAAACGACUUUGAUUCCUUAGCUUAGGAGUCAAAUGUGUUACUUCAUUAAACCAACACCAGUUACAUAAGGUUAAGCCCCUUUUAAAGGAGCAUUUUAUGGAUCCAGCGCUGAAAUUCUUUACGGAUGUGAUGAACACGUUCGUUUGCAUAUUUUGUGCAGCGCGUGCACAACAAUUUAAAAUGCAUAGUGCAUUAACAAUGCUGCUCUUUUAGUUGGUUUCUAAGUCAAGCCGAGGUUUCGUCAGCCCCCACUGAAAUGCCUUUUUGCUGCUGAAAGAACGAAUAAUGAUGGAUGGUAAUAACAGGGAUAAAUUAAUAUUUCUCAUAGCUCGUGCUGGGAUUUUUCAUGACAUGCUCUUUGUUGAUGGUUGUAAUUACAUUGAACCUUUGUACUGAAUCUUGGCAAUCACAUCUUAGCCUUCAUGUAGUGUGCAGCCUGUGGCCGCAGGAGGCGCACACAUCCAAAGGUCAGAGACUGUCCAGCUCGUGUUGCAGGUGGAAGGUCACGAGGUCGUCCUGGCGUCAGAGGAGAAGCAAUACUAGAACCCUGGGCCCUUUCCUCUCUGGGCCCGGCCUGGUUCCUCCAUUCAGUGCAGUAUACCUCGUUAGGCAACAGUGUGACCAACAUAUCAUUGUCUCGACCUACCUGUCGGUCACAGAGUCUCUGAUUGGGUCCGAUCGAACCUUUGUGUUUUUCCCCUUAUUAUAUUGACGAAUAAUAAACCUCACCCAGUAUGCAUAAAGAGGAGCAACAGAGCCAACAAGUUGAAACAAAAGACAACUAGAAGUAUCUCGACGUUUUCUUUGUUCAUUUAUAUAUUACAAUUACGGUUACUGGAAUAAAUAAACAGAAGUGGGCUUUUUCAGGCAUUACCAUGGAGAGUUUGAUUAAGCGGAUAUUUAGGGUUAAUGUGUCGUUCAUGAGUGUUUGAAUUGUAGGCGAGCGCGUGCUGUACUCUAAUUUAACAUAAUACUGUCAUGAAAAUGUAGGUUUUCCAUUUUGUGUGCACAUUGAAAGGGCUCUUUGAAUUGUUUGUGAGUGAAAAAAAAAAAGUGUUGUAGUCCUUCUGUUGAUGAUAAAAGGACCAGCACACCCAACAGGCACAUUGUACUAUUCGUAGCAAUUACAGUACUGAUGAACUGAAGAUAUGCAUUAUUUUGUAAACACUUUUAAAGGUUGUGUUAAACUAAAGAUGAAAAGAACUUACUUUUACCUCAUGUCAGGGUUUCCUGAAAAAAGAAAAUGAUGAUUUGUUUCAGUCUAUACCAAUGGUAUUUAAAUAUUAGCACAUAGCUGUUUGUCUUUGCACAAGUGACUGUAUCGUGCUUUUGUUUCUCCUUUUUCUAAACACAUUUGUGUAUUAAGGUGAGACAUUUUUGUACUUUUUGUGGAUGUGUGUAUGGUUUAGUGGAAUCUAUAUUUGUCAUUUACACCUCAUCUUACAAUGCUGGGAAUGAAAGAGUGUUGAAAAAUAUUUUCAAGGUGCAAUGUUUCUCUGUUUGCAGGUAGAGAAAAAAAUGAAAUGGUAAGGUGCCAGCUUACAGAGAAGCACAUAUUGAUUUGAACGUUUCUAUUAGUUUUCUUCAUAUUGUUACAAUUAUAAUUACUAUUGCAACUAUUAAUGUUCUGAAAUCUGUAUUAAAAUAGAAGAUAAUGUAAAAUAUGUACAAAAGUAUGAAAAGACCCAUGGUAAUGUUCUCUACUUGAAAGUCUUGAUAUUUGCUCCUUAAUGUUUUUCUUCAGUAAACAUAAUUUCUCUUAGUAGCAAAUGCUUUACUAUGACCUUCUGGGUUUUUUCUCAAUACAUAUUUUGUAUUUUUCAUUUAAUUUUGGCCUUGACUUUAUUUGAAUUGAUAAUGACAUUUUAUUUUCUAUUGAUCAUCAUUGAAUAAACUUAUGCUGAAAUAGA